CCGGGGGGCUGGCACCGGGAGGCGCCGCACGCCUCCGCUGCUGCCCCGCUAGGAGACCGUUUUGCCCAGGCAUGCGGCCCCCCGUUUUUUCCCUCAUUAAGGACCGUCUGGUCAGAAGCCUGAGAUUCAAGUUCACUUGAAAUCAACGUAUAAACACGCGCUACUUUAUUUACACUGUGCUCACCGUCUCUAGGCUCAGAUCCGUGUUAAAUUGCUCCUGCUUUGUGAAAGAUCUGGCCUCUCAAAAGGCAUCACUGUUUCAUGGUGUGUGGAGAUAACCCGGAAAGUUAAGGACAUUUCUAAGGAGAAUUUGCAGAGGAUGCUCUAGGAAAAAUCUGAACACUGAAGGAAGUGAAAAUCAUGGACCAGAACAACAGCCUUCCUCCUUAUGCUCAGGGCUUGGCCUCCCCACAGGGAGCCAUGACUCCUGGAAUCCCUAUCUUUAGUCCAAUGAUGCCUUAUGGCACAGGACUUACUCCACAGCCUAUUCAGAACACCAAUAGUCUGUCUAUUUUGGAAGAGCAACAAAGACAGCAGCAGCAACAGCAGCAACAACAGCAGCAGCAGCAGGCAGUAGCAACUGCAGCAGCCUCAGUUCAGCAAUCAGCAUCUCAGCAGCCCACACAGGGUGCCUCAGGCCAGACUCCACAGAUCUUCCAUUCCCAGACUCUGACCACUGCACCCUUGCCAGGCACCACCCCCUUGUAUCCUUCACCAAUGACCCCUAUGACCCCGAUCACUCCUGCCACACCAGCCUCUGAGAGCUCUGGGAUCGUACCACAGUUGCAAAAUAUUGUAUCCACGGUGAAUCUUGGAUGUAAACUUGACCUAAAGACCAUUGCACUUCGUGCCCGAAAUGCUGAAUAUAAUCCCAAGCGGUUUGCUGCUGUCAUCAUGAGAAUAAGAGAGCCACGAACAACUGCGCUGAUUUUCAGCUCUGGAAAAAUGGUGUGCACCGGAGCCAAGAGUGAAGAACAAUCCAGAUUAGCAGCGAGAAAAUAUGCUAGAGUUGUGCAGAAGUUGGGAUUCCCAGCUAAGUUCUUAGACUUCAAGAUCCAAAACAUGGUGGGAAGCUGUGAUGUGAAGUUCCCCAUAAGGCUGGAAGGCCUUGUGCUGACCCACCAGCAGUUCAGUAGCUAUGAGCCAGAAUUAUUUCCUGGAUUAAUCUAUAGAAUGAUCAAACCAAGAAUUGUUCUCCUUAUUUUUGUUUCUGGAAAAGUUGUAUUAACAGGUGCUAAAGUUAGAGCAGAAAUUUAUGAAGCAUUUGAAAACAUCUACCCCAUCUUAAAGGGAUUCAGGAAGACCACAUAGUGGCUGCCAUGCAUUACUGCCCCCACCACUUGUGUUUUAAAUACGUCAGUUCUGGUGCCACUGAUGGACAGUUGUGAGAAGGACACUCGGCUACAGGUGGCAGCAUGAAGUGACACUGUGUCCUACUGCGGACAUUGGAAAGGUUACCUCCUCUGCACUGAGAUCGCCCUGCAGCAUCACUGUGAGCCGCUUGCUCUGUGCUGCUAUUCGGGCAACUCUGCCCACUUAUUUAUAUUUAGAUUUUAAACACUGCUGUUGAUGAAUUUGCUGGUUUAAGGGACAGAACUUUUAAGUGUUCAAGCCACCUGUACAAUUGGACUUUUUAUUUUAACUUUUCCCACAUAAGCCAGUUUUUAUAUUUCUACCAGAAAAGUAAAAAAUCUUUUUUUAAGUGUUGUUUUCUAGUUUGUAACUCUAAGGAGUUAUUUUUGUGCCAGAUACAUUCCUCCUUCCCAGUAUUGCAGAACUGAAUAGUUGUAUUAAUCAAAAUAAAUGUACAUAUUUUCUUUCUCCAGAGGGCUCUGCACAGAAACAUGCAGCUUGUAAAUUGUUAGAUUUUUGUUAUAAACGAAACCUUGUAAGAGUCAUGUGAUCAUACUGUCAAAGAGAUUUAUUUUAGAUAUAAUGCCUGAGACCACUGUUUUGUUUGUCAUUUGUUUUGUUUUUGUUUGUUGCAGUGAAAAUGGACACGCCACUGAUUUUAUGAUCCACACUGAACACCCUCUUACUCCUUAGAUACUCUAUAGUGUCUGGAUCUUCACCAAACUAGUUAUGUUCUGUUCCUUUUUCAGCCUUCACCGGGGCCUCGUAGCUGGUAAGGGACAUCGGAGGGCUCUUGAGUAUUUCAGGUGUGGAAGUUGGCACCCUUUCCACAGAUAGCUAGCUUCUCUGAUGUAGCAUUUUUGUCAUGGCUAUUUUCUCUUGAAUACAAAGUGGACACUUAUGAAGCUUUGGGUUAUUUGGGAGCAUUUUAUGUCCUGUUUUUUAAUUGUAAAAGUACAUUGUGCACAGCUCAGAGUAUGUGCAAUCAGACAGAAGUCUUUCUUUCCAUCCUUAGCUGUUCUUUCCCCAGGUAACUUCCAGAUUAGUGUCUUAUCACCCUCACCUAGAUUAUGCCUGAGCUCUCCCGUAUACCUGAUGUGGCAGCAGGCAGAGGGGACACUAACAAGUGACUGUUUUCAGUGGCAUUAGCCCCUGGAAUUUGGGGUUACUGGGUACCAUUCUGAGGUAACAAGGCUGAGAGGAGUUCGACUGAACGCCAGCAGUUGGGAGAGUAAGGCUUCAGUCCUCAGUGCUUGCAAGUUACCAUGCCACUCAGGACCAAGUGUGGGAAAGAACUGUGGACUAGGGUGUUAAGGUGUGUUGCUCUUUAAAUUUUUAAUGUGCAAUUCUGUCCUUUGGAGCUACUUUUUAUCUUGUUUUUGGUUCAAUACUUUGGUGACUUGUUUUUUUGUCUUUACAGUCAGUGUGUCAGUUAUACUUCCAAGAACAGCAAUGUAAUGUCCUAAAUACCUUGAUUUGAACCAUUCCCUUAGUGAUGGUCCUUGUUACCUCUAGUGCACACUGUUAUGCAGUAUGGCCCAGGUAUUCUCAUAUGUGUAUUUUGAAUACAUAAAUUUCUAUAAUAUACUUUUACAAGGGGAAUUGAUAUAAACCAUUUAUGUAUUCCAAGUUUUGACAAAUCAGUACUAGAGCCCAGCUCCCCAGAAGUAUAUAAAGUACCCCUUCCUGCACCUCCCAGGUGUUACUGAUGUUUGGGAAGGACAUCAUUCUAGUACGUUUCUUCAAGAUUUUUUUUUUUUUAGGUUUUAUAAUUCUUUUUAUAUGGAGCAUUUUCAUGUCAUAAAAGUUAAUUAUUUCAACAUGCUUCUUAUUUUUUCAUAACACUUUAAGGAAAAAUACUAAUUUAUAUUUAACUUUUUCCAAUCUAUUUAUUGACCUCCCGUUACUGCUGUUAAUAGUUGAAUGCAUUGGAACCCUAAGUUCUAGGCACGUGGUAAUUUUGAAAAGUAGUAAUCUUGUUUCUUCUUUCUGGUAUUUAUUUUUAAUAUUUCAGUGGCUGGGACUUUAAAGUGCCUUGUUUUUUUCCUUCUUUCCUGUUCUGUUUGAGACAGGGUGACACGGUUAGACUCCUACAGCCCAGGUGGCCGUGAACUCAGUGAUUCUGCCUUACUCUCUCAAAUAGCUGGGAUGGUAAGUCUCAUGAGCCACUGUGUCUUGCCAAGGUUUUCAUUUAACCAUUUCUAUAUUAUGCAUAUUUUUAUCCUUGUUAUUUUUGACAUACUGGGGCUAGAACACAGGAUUUGUGCCUGCAGGGAAUAACCUCUGUGACUGACCUACCCCCAGAAUAGAACCCUUUAAUUCUGAAGGCCAUAAGCGGAUUGCAGAUUAGUGUGCACUAAAGUGUGCUGUCCCUAGAGUGCACAUGCAGCAGUCUUUCUGAGAAAGACUGUCUUAGUUAGGUUUUCUACUGCUGUGAUAAAAUACUGUGACCAAAAGCAGCUUGGGAAAAAGGGCUUAUUUCAGCUUAUAGUUGUAGUCCUUCAUGAAGGGAAGACAGGGUAGGAGCUAAAGAAGGGCUGUGAAAGAACACUGCCACUGACUCACUCAGCCUGCCCUGGGGUGGCACCACCCACAUUGAGCUGGGCUCUCCCAUGUUGAUCAAGAGUGUACCCCACACGGGGAGGAGGCAGAAAUCCUCAAUAAAU